AUGUCAGAGAAAAAGGAGACGGACGAUCACUGUGACAGAGGUAGGAGGAGAAGGGACCGUACUCUUUUCCUUUAUUUUAAAUUCGCUACUUUGCAAGCCCUAGGGCUCCUUCAGAGCAACUCGUCGUUGGCGCCGGCGCCAGCGCUUUCCAGAAGAGUAUUGGCGUUCUGGAUAAUGAAUUCGCCUGGGGGAGGAGCGAUUCCCGGGCCUUCCCAAACGGCGAGAAAGCCGACGGCGUUUCGUCUUCACCUCAUCCGAAAUGAAUCAAGCAUCGAGUGCAUAUCAACCAUUGAUGGGGUGGAUGAAGAUGAGAUCUCUAGCGUCCACCCAUUUUCUCUGGUCAACAGCUUAACAAAUGCCAGUGUGAGGACAAUGUGGGAAUAUGAUGUACAUCCGCAUUACGUCAUGAGGCGCUAUGCUGAAUUUACAGCUUCGCUAAUUCAACUUAAUGCUGAUUAUGGAAAUGGUAUGUUCUUGUACUCUAGUAGCAUCUGA